AUGGCUACAUCUUGGAAUCAAGCUUCGAACUUCAGAUUGCAACCUCCCAACUCUCGGUGGCGCAACCGGACAACAACCCACCGCGGGCGCAUUAUAAAGGACAACCACAACGAAGGUAAUGUCUUCACAGGGAUAAAGCGCAUGGCGAACGACAUCAGCCACUUCAAACAUCGAGAUGAUUAG